UUGUUGUGCUAUUAUGUUAUAUUUAUAAUUUAAAAUAGUGAUAUUAUUUAAUUCAAUGACAUUUCUGUGACAAAUUUCAUAUUCUUUAACGUAAAAGAAAUAAUAAAAAUCUAGUAAGAUACUUUUUAGUUAAGUUAAUUUUAGUUAAGUUUGUUUAAAAAAAUUAAGUUCAUAUUCAUUUUCAAAAUUUUGGAUUGACUUAAAAUGAGGUAUAUAAAUCAUUCAACUCAAGCAUCAAGAGGCUGAACAAUAUUGAAAAAAACCUAAAAAAAAGUCUCACAAAAUGCCAGGAAAUCAUCAUCAUCGUCAUCGACUAAACCGAAAAGGCCAUAAAAAACAAAAACAAAAAAUUCCUAAUAAACCCAAAUCACCAAAUGAUGAUAAUCAAUUAAACAAUGAAAAUCCACUACAUCAACAAAACGAAAUUGUUGAUUUAAAUAUCACAUAUGAUACACCCACAAAUAAAACAAUCACCGCAAAUGAAAGCAAAAUAUUACAAGAAUUAUAUGGUGACAACGAUACAUCAAAAUAUAACUUACAUCAUCAAUCCAAUAAUGCAUCAUCAAUUGCCUUAAAAAAACCACAAACUCAAUGCCAAAUAACAAUUACUGCAAAUCAAUCGGAUCAAAAAGUGAAAAACAAACGACAUAAACCAAAAUAUAUGAAUUAUCACAAAGAUGAAGUGUCGUCAGUAGACGAAAAGAAGUAUAAAUCAUGUAAAAGUAUGUCACACAACUCAAAAACUCCAAAUAUGCAUUUAAUAUUUACAACACGAUCCUCAUUUGAUAAUAAAAAUCAACUUGAUGUUUCACCAUCGAUAACUUCCACAAAGCAGCAAAAGAAGAAUAAAACUAACGAUUUAAUGGUAAAAACACCAAAUGACAGUAAUAGUCGGAUGUAUGCAAUCUAUACACCAUACAGUAAAAAGCGACCAUUAAAUAAUAGUCCUAGCGACCAAUCAACAAUCGCUGAAGAUGAACUUGCAUCAACAAACGUUACAAAAUCAUUCACAUCAUCAUGGACUAUUACGUCACAGGCUAAACGUUCUCGUCGUGCUGGUCAUAUUGCGGCGCCUGAUAUAAACAUAUGUUGUACACCAAAACGAUUAUUUCACGAUCAACAACCACCAACUUCAACCCCGAUCACAUAUACUGAUCCACCAUCGAAAAAUCAAAUUGUUAGUGAUGGCGGUGGUGAUCCUCAUCAACGAUUAAUACCACCUAGUGCGGUAACUGCCUCGGUUAUAUCUCAAACAUUUGAGAAAUGUAAUAAACUAACAUUUACGAAUAUUUCCACGCAUUCAAUAACUGAAUAUAACGAACAAGUUAAGAUUACGAUGUCAUUAAAUUAUUCGAAUAAUGGACAAAAAUCGCAACAAAUGGUACCAGAUGAUUUUGAAACGAAAUGUUCGAGACGAUUUUCAUGGUUUAAUUCAAUUACGAGUUCGUUUCAUAAUUUCUUGACUAAUGUGAAAAAGUUACUGAUACAAGAUUGGGUUUCAAAUAUGUUAAGGAGUUCGUAUAAUAAUGUGCUGGUUAUGAAUGCCAUGAUGGAUUUUGUGAUCAAGAAAUGGGCCACGAUAACGCUAAAACGACAGUCAUCAAAUCUAGGAUCAUCAUCACAUCAACAAAUAAACACGAAUAACACGACACACACACAUCAUAAACAUAUGACGGCAGCGAUUGGACAGCAUGCUGAUUGUUAUGCACAAAUACAAAUAAUGCAACGGACAAUCCGUGAUCUGACCGCAAUCGCUGAAGAACAAAAUAAAAAAAUUGAAAAUCUAACGAAUGAAGUAAUGCAAUUAAAAUUAAAAUCAACAACGGCAACCUUUAAUGGGUUAAUGUUCGGUAGUGGUAGUGGUAGUUGUAAUAAUUGUGGACUAACAGGAACAUCAUCUAUGAUACCAGCACCACCGUGUGCACCACCGAUACCCCCACCACCACCACCUCCACUUCCACCAUUCUCGUUAAUAAAACCAAUGAAUAAUACACUGUUUAGAGAAAAGAAGACUGGAUCACGACAAUUACAACAGCGUUCAUCAUCGAUAGGCACAGAUCGACCGGCAAUUACACUAGAAGAUAUACUUAGCGUAAAAUUAAAAAAGACGAAACCAGCAAAACAAAAUGCAGAACCAGAACCGAAAAGCAACAAUGUAAAUGUAUUAUCCAAAACAAAAUUAAAACAAGUUCGAUUACGUACUAAAUCUAGAGUAAGAUCUCGUGGCGCAAGUCCAGCACAACAAUUUUUCGAUAAUUGUAAAUCAGGUACAAACAGUCUGUUAGAAUUAUUAGAAAAUAGUGGUAGAAACAUUCAAGUUCAAAAUCUAAUAACAACAAAUCAAAAUCAUUCGUCAGUAAAUUAAUUUAUUUUUG